GGAACUUCAAUUAUCAUUAUUAAUUCACCGAGUGUUGUCCGAAAUCGGGAGACUCCCUCCCUCCCUCCAAGCGGUUCUGAAAAGUCAAUCAACUCCCCAAUUCAAUUUCCGAUCUUCUUCAUUGGGUGUGUAGGGCCACUGCUUUCUUCGUAUGCGAGCCGUUAUCAUCACAUUAAUUGUUCUUCAAUGAGCUUAGGUUGAACUCCCCCGAACGCAAACACAAAUGGCGCUGCGGCAAUGGUGGGCAACGAUGCGUACGUCGAAGUACGGUGACAUUCCUUUCAUCCUCCUAGGCGUGUUCAUUGGGUGGAACUGCGAUGUGAGCUGCGCCGUCAAGGGUGUUUCGAUGCUGCCCACUUUGCACCCCGGUGACUACUUACUAUUCGUGCCCUUCUCCCUCUUGCAGGCGCGGCGGUGGUUCAACGUACCGCUCGUGAAGCCGGACGAUGUUGUGGUGGUGAAAGUUACCGAGGACCUCUCCGUGUGCAAGCGCGUGACGAAGAGCACCACAGUCAAGGCAGAGGCGGAGGGGUGGGGGAUGGACCACUAUGUAGAGGUGGUGCCCACGCCGUACUUCUCGCAUGCGGAUGAAAAGCAAAGCGGCGAGGCCACGGUUGCGCGGGUGCUGGAGUCGGAGAAGGCGUACUACGAUUACGUCACACGCAAUGCGGUGCGGGCGAAGGAUUGGGACGCUUGCGUUGACCGCGUCCCCAACCCGUCGCAGUGGAUCUGGUUGGAGGGAGACAACAAGGAGGACAGCUUAGACUCGCGGCGGUGUGGGCCGGUGCCGGUGGAGUGCGUGCGUGGACUCGUCCUCUGCUCCAUCUGGCCGACGCCGCACUCUGUAAAGCGUUCUUCUUCAGCAAAGUAG